GAAAUAAACCGUUUCACCAUCUGGUAACACAGUAAAAGUAAAAAAUAGUAGAAUUGACAACACGGAUAAUUCGAAAUGGAUUUCGGGGCGCUGCUGCACUACGCGAAAAAGAAAAACGAUGCGGCCACCAAGGAUGAGGGCACGGGACAGGGCAAAUACUAUAGCACCAAAUAUGCGCCGCCCAAGAAGGAGUCCAAGGAGUCCAAGCAGCUGUCCAAUAAUAUCCAGAAGUUUCUCCGCAAGAAGGAGGCUGAGGAGGCGGAAAAGAAACGCGAGGAGCGCCAGAAGCUAAACAAUCUGCUGGCCAAAAGGGAUGAGAAGUCCAAGAAUAAGAUCAGGAAAAUGCUCAAGGUCACCAAGUCGGCCAACAAGUCUGUUCUAGAGGAUGCCAACGACGGGGCCGAUGGUGCCCACGAGGCGGGCGAGGGUCAGGGCGAUGACUACGGCUAUGUGUCCAACGAGGCCAACGCCUUCUACGAGAAGUACAUCGAAAAGGUGCGCGAUGUGCAGGAGGACAAGGGUUUUGCGCCCAGCAGGCCGCAAUCCCUGCGUGAUCUUUCCGGUACCAAGGAGCGUGUCAAGGCAGCCAUCACCAAGGAGCGGGAGGAGGCCAGAAGUCACACGCGUCAGCGGACCAGUAGCGUUGUCUCGUCGUCCAGUGCCACCAAGUCAAAGGAGCCCAGCGUGGCCCGUUCCUAUAGCACCACGAAAAACCUUUACGAUCCGGAGGCGGAGAAGCGCGAGGAGGAGCGCAAGAAGCGGCAGGAGGAGGAGCAACGCAGGGCCAAGAUGAAGCGUCCUGCCCAGCCGCCGCCCAUGGAUUUCCAGGCUCUUCUCCGCUUGGCCGAAAAGAAGCAACACGAACCGGUGGUCUUUGAGCCCGAGAAGAAAAAGGAAACAGAGCGUUUGCUAUCCGCCCGUGAGAAACGCGAAAUGGAGGAGCGUCAGCGCCAGAAGGAGCAGCGCGCCCUGCGCGACAAAAUGCGAGAAACUGAGGCCAAGGAGGGGCCCAAAGCCGCCGCCGCCGCCGCCAUCAAUCGCAUGGAGCCCAACGGGCGCAUACCCAAGCUGAAUCAAGCCAAACCGGCGAAUCCGCCAAGUGAUAAUUUCAAGAAACCCUUAGUCCCUCCGCCAGCGAAGGCCAGACCAAGCUCCACCAGCUCAAUUAGCUCCAAUUCCCAUUCCCAUUCCUCUACUAGCCGUAAUUCUGCCCCAAGUAUAAAGCCUGCCAGUAAGACAGCUGUGGGCGCCGCCAAACCAGUAGCAACUGCAUCAUCGUCGUCGGCGGCGGGGAAAUCCAGCUCCGUUUCUAGCAAGGCUGCUACCCCAGCCCCCUCCAAGAAUCCCUAUGCGGCGGCCAUCAAAAACGGAGCUGUGCGCGAGUUUCCACCCAGGGAUCGUCCUGCCGUUCCAUCCAAAGUUCGUCCAGCUACUCCGGCGGUUGCCAAAACACGACAAUUUCCGCCCGCGGAUGUCCAGAAACCUUCAGGUGGCCGCCAAUUCCCGCCCGCAGAUGUCAAGAGACGCAAACCCCAAGAACAGCCAGGCAACAAAAGACGCAUUUAUGACGACGAUGAUGACGAGUACGAUUCCGAACUGGACGACUUCAUUGAUGACGGCGACUGCGAGGAGGACAUAUCCUCGCACAUUCGCGACAUCUUUGGCUAUGAUAAGCGUCGCUAUCGCGGAAUGGACGACGAUGAUCGGGGAAUGGAGUCCAGCUUUGCGCAGAUGCAGCGGGAGGAGUUCAUCAGCAAGAAGUUGGGAAUGCAAGAGGAUCUGGAGGACAUGCGCAUGGAGGCGGCGCACAAAAAGCAAAAAAUGGCCAAAAAGCGUAUCAAACGCAUUGAUGACGACGACGACGACUAGUCUGUUGACUUUUUCACUCAGUCGUAGCGUCGUGCAAAUCUCAAAAAAUAUCCGAAAUGCGACCUUAUGUGUUAUCUUAUCUGGCGGAUGACUCAGGGUCGCCCGAUGCUGAAAUUCAGGAGCUGUGCCCGUUGAGUUUAUAUAUAUCUGAAGAUAUUGUUUAGUUAGUUUUGUGCCCUAGUUAGCAUAAGCACACCCAAUCACACACACCUACCACUUACAUACACACACACACAAGGUAUGUGCGCCUAUAUAUAGAUCAUCUAUAAUCAUCUAUUUUUGCUAUCUAAAAACGGAAACUAACAAAAAAUGAAGCUAACUUCGCCUAGCCGUUGUCUUUCUGGUAUAAGAAUACCAUCCGAUAGAUGUAUAUAUAUAUAUAUAUUUCACUUUUGAUUUCCCAGAAAUGUUCGUUUAAAAUAAGAAUGACGGAUAUAUACAUUUCACUUUUGAUUUCCCUGAAGUUUUCGUGUAAAAUGAGAAUGCAAAUGAAAUUCGUCGACUUAACAAUUGGUUUAAUGGCCCCUGGGGCUUUGAACUUCUCUAAAAAAACCGCUUUGUUGCCUUGAGAAGGUAGAUAUGUUCCAGGAAUUUCUCAUUUUAAAAUUAAAAAACCAGUUUGCGCACCACUUUAUAUACAAUUUUACAUGUACUCUAGCUAGGCCCAAAUAAACAUUUAUAGAUUGAAUUGAA